AUGUGGACCGAAAAAUACAGUGGUAUUCAUUAUUGCGGUGCUACUGUACGUGAAAUUGAUGAAAAUUUUUAUUUACAUUCAUUUUCUCUGGGUUGUAAACCGUAUACACUAGCUAAUCAAACAGCUCCAAAUAUUCGAAAAUUUAUAGAUGAUUUGUUACAUGAUUAUGGUCUUUCAUUAAAUACAAAUUCAUUUAUCGUCACCGACAACGAGCCAAAGAUGCUUGCAGCUUUACGUGGUGCUAAUCGAGUUGGAUGUAGCGACCAUUACAUUAAUAAAGCGUUAGAACAUGCAUUUACAUCUCCGAAAAGUAAUUGUGUUGAAGUUAUUCAAGUUUUUGAUAUUGUAGGAUCACUUGUUGAAAAUUUUCGUCGAUGUCAUCGACAGAUUAAACUGUCAAGAAAACUCCAAACUUUUAGUGUGACUAGGUUUAGUGGCGCAUAUUAUAUGCUAAAUGUAUUCAAUAUCACAUAUAAUGAGCGUGUUGAUGCUUUUAGUGGUUCACAUUAUAAUGGUUUUGAAUCUCUUGAUAAAGACUUAUUGUAUCAACUUUGUGAAUUUAUUCGAUCAUUUGAUGAAGUUAUCACCACGCUAAGUGAGGAAACUCAACCUACACUUCACAAGGUUAUCCCUCUUCGGUGUCUUUUGAUUAAUCACUGUACACAAAAACCAGAUGACAUUUCUGGUAUGAUGAAAAUAAAACUAUUUUUACAAGAGAGAAUUAUGGACAAGUGGCCGAUCCAAUCGGAACAUUUAUUAGCUACAUUACUUCAUCCUCGUCUUCGUGAUUUUUCUGGUGAUCAAGCAUUGAAAGAUCGGGCAAUCGAAUUGCUUCAAUCAAGUAUUUCAUCAUCUGCUGAUUCUUCCAGUAACAAUACAUCGUCUUGUAAUUCGUCGUUAUCAUCAAGUGUUGAUAAUUCCAUAACACCUAAAAAAACUAAUAUUCUCUCGUUAUGCUAUGACAAACCACGAGCUACUAAACCAGCACUUGAUGAAAUCCUGUUGUGGCUGCAAAGUGAUUUUAGUAAAGAUUUUAUAAAUGAUGACUUACUUUUGUUUUGGAGAAGAGAAAAAGAUGAUUUUCCAAGUAUUGCCAAAAUUGCUCGUAAGGUGCUGGCUAUUCCUGCAGCCAACACCUCUGUGGAAAGAUUAUUUUCUUCGACCAAAAUUACGAUUGGUGAUCGAAGAACAAGAUUAGGAGCUGCAAAAAUUGACAAGCUUAUGUUUCUGCAAAAGAAUUUAAUCCCACUUAAGGAUAUGUUUGAUUCAAAAAACGUUUUAACAACAAACGAAUUAACAAGAAAACCUGAUAAUAUACAUGAACAAGAUGAUGAUAGCGAUCAUUAUGCUUCAAAAAAACUCAAAGUUAUUGAAAUAGAUGAAUGUAUGUUUUCAAGUGAUGAUUGUGAAAAUGAUGAUUAUGAAAGUGAAAAAGGGAACUAG